GUAGCUGCGUUGCACUUCGUGCUCACGUCGGAGUCCCGCUGCUGCAAACUGCUCCCCUCCUCCCCCGGCGGCCAGCAGGAUGCCUGUGAAAGGAGGCACCAAAUGCAUCAAGUACCUGCUCUUCGGCUUUAACUUUAUUUUCUGGCUUGCAGGAACAGCAGUUCUUGCAAUUGGACUAUGGCUUCGGUUCGAUUCCCAGACCAAAAGCAUCUUUGAUUUGGAGUCCAACAACACAACAUUCUACACAGGGGUUUACAUUCUAAUUGGAGCUGGUGCACUAAUGAUGUUAGUUGGUUUCUUGGGGUGCUGCGGUGCACUGCAGGAAUCACAAUGUAUGCUUGGCCUGUUCUUUGUCUUCCUCUUCGUGAUUUUUGCCCUUGAAAUUGCUGCUGCAAUCUGGGGAUUUGCAAACAAGGAAAAGGUGAUUGAAGAGCUAAAAGAAUUCUACAUGGAAACCUAUGAAAAAAGGUCUCAAGUAACUGCCAGGGAAACACUGAAAGCAUUUCAGUUAGCUCUGAACUGUUGUGGUAUUACAGGAGGUCUUGAGCAGCAGUUCAUGGACACCUGUCCUAAGAAGAGCUUUCUUGAGUCAUUUGCUGUAAAGUCAUGCCCUGAUGCCAUUGAUGAUGUCUUUAACUCCAAAUUGAACGUGAUUGGAGCAGUUGGCCUUGGCAUUGCUAUAAUAAUGAUAUUCGGCAUGAUAUUCAGCAUGGUUCUUUGCUGUGCUAUCCGCAAAAACAGAGAAAUGGUGUAAAGAGGAA